AUGGGUUCCGACCAGGUCGCCGAGCGCUUGUCGAGCCUCACCGUCGGGGACUCGCCGGGAACUCCGGGGGUGUCAACUCUGCUUCACCAGCAGAGGCGGGAGCCGGUGCUCCCCGAGCAGGCGCUGCGACUGACGCGUCCCACCGACGGGUUCCUCUGUCCGCUCUCCGCGAACAAGUACAAGAUUGACUUCAGGGAGUUCGAGAUCAAGGACUACGACAGCGGCGAGUCGUUGUUUCACGUCAAGCGGGACCCCGAGGCUGCGCUACCCACCGUGCCCGAUGACAUCGAUCCCGCGAUGGAGGCGGCUGUGCGCACGGUGCGGUACACUUUUCCCACGUCGUUCCUGGGGCGGAAGACGAUUCGGACCGCGCUCGUGUUCUCGGUCGGUCCCGACCCGGUGCCCAACUUCCGGAUGAUCGAGCGGCACUACUUCAAGGAUGAGCUCGUGCGGUCGUACGACUUCAACUUUGGCUUUUGCAUCCCGAUGUCGGUCAACUCGUGGGAGGCCAUCUACGACAUGCCGGAGCUGACCAAGGAGCGAGAGGAGGAGAUCCUCGCGUCGCCGUUCGAGAUGCGAAGCGACAGCUUCUACUACGUCGGGGACACGCUGGUGAUGCACAACAAGGCGGAGUAUCAGUAUAAGGAUUAG